ACAAAAUUAUGAAGUAUAUUAAGUCUUCAUAUGCUGAUCAGUAUUUUCCUGCUGUUAUGGUGGUAAUGUGUUCAGCUCUAUUAGCAGAACAUCUUAAAAACACUGGGACGGUCACUCUGGCGUUUAUCGGCGUAUUGCUGGUCCUGUUGUGUCUGAUUUUUAUAAUACAAAUGGUUAAAUGCUGUGAAAAGUUUUCCUUAAGCUCUGAAGGAAUGUGCAGGAGAAUGUAUGACAGAUUUGAAAAGGGUGUAGCUGGUUGUAGCUUUUAUUUGCUGCCUUCAUCAGCCUUUGCUCUUCUGCUUUACCCUUAUGUUGGCUACAGGGCAAUAUUUUUCACAGCAGUGUUUCCAGUAAUCCGCUGUAUGUCUUUCUGCUGGGGUUGGAAUGGUGCAAGUGGGGCAAAACAAUGCAGGUUUGCUUUUCUAGGCAAAGCAGUAUGGAUUGUGAUGAUUUUGAUGACUGUUGUAAUGGUGGAUGUUUACAGUGAAUUCUUGAGAAAUAAAAAUGAGGAUGUAGGGCAGCUUUGUAUGUCUGGAUUUAUUCAAGCUUUGUGGUUACUCAGUUUUUCUGAAAUCCCAGUCAAUGAUCAGAAAUUUCUUAUUACAAACAUUUUGUUCCUGUUUGGAUCACUUGGUCUUGUUUUAGAGAAUUCUGCAGCACUAAUGACAGAACUUAUAGUUAAAGCUGGUAAUGGUGAGCGUCUAGUAGGAGAUCUGAGAAUGGUUGUCUUCCCCUUUGAAUGCCUCUUUACCGUACCACUACUGUUUUUGCAGAUUGUUACACCCUGGACACCCAUACUAUCAGAAUCUCAGCAGGACAUUCAGGUUAGCUAAUCAAGUAUAAUCUUUACCAAAACUCAUUCACACACCACACCUUCUAUGUCUAUAAACAGUAUACACAGAAUAAUUGAAAAAUCUGACACAAAAAUAUAGUAGGCUCUAAAAACUGUCACAUAUGUGUUUACUAGCAGAGAUUUUAUUUCCACACAUUGUGAUGUACUUGUGCCUUGUGUUACAUUUUAUGGUUGCCAAGUGACAGUGCAACUUUAUUUACAUAAUGCUGUGUUUACAUUGUGUAAUUAUGAGAUUAUAUCUCAGAAAAGAAGUGUGACUCUAAACAAAAACUCUUUAAAAGGGUUUUGCUCAAAUGUUUAAGGACAACAAGCACAGAAACAAUGGUUGAAUGUUUUUUUUUUUAAACAAACUUGUCAGACUGUUUUGCAUCUCAUAAUUAACAAAUCUGUAUAAACUUCUAGAAAUUGUACGAAAUUAACCAAGAUAGUAAAAAAAACUUUGAACAUAAACAUAAAUCAGUAAAAAGAUCUUCGUAGAGUUGCAAGCAAGUGAUUUAUUCAAGUACAUUUUCUUACACUCUCAAACAUAUAUAUUUUUAUGUAUAUGAAUGUUUUGUGUUAACUUUAAAUACAUUAUUUUUUAUAAUUACGACUUUCUUUCUGUGCACAUGUGUUAAAUAGCUCUCAGUAAUGCACUUUAAUAUUAGGUCAAAGUGAAUGGAAACACAGUUUCCAUGUCUUAAAUGAAUGUAUGUAGCCUAACAAAAGGUUUCUUUAAACUUUGAAGUUUUAAUUAUGUUUUUUAAUACUAUGAAUACUACGCAAGUGUUUUAUUUUAAAGUACUUUUAUGUUGGCUUGAAUACUUUCAUAAAAGAAAACUUCAGCACUGUUCACUUUAUAUUUGUCUAUUUGAACUGUUUACUGUUUGAUGUUGUGGUAUCAAUUUUUUUUUGUGAAUCAUUCAGUUUCAGCUACUAAUACACUUUGGUAUUGAUCACCUUAAAGGAAAACAUCGCGCAGUACAUAUCACUAUUUUAAUUGUUGUUUAUAUUGUAAUCAAAGAGGCUGUAUAAUCCUAAAUGUAAACUCGUAUAAAGUUUUAUGCUAUGUUUUUGGAAUUUUUAUGCUUUUAAGAGAAUGACAGAAUACAAAAACCUUAUGCAGUGUCUGAGAUGUUAUUGAAAUGUAAGAUUUGAACAUAUGAACAUAUUUUAUGU